AUGCCUUCGGUGUUGGCAGUACUCCAGAACCGCAUUGUGGCUCUUGGCUUCUUUGGCCAUGUGCAAGGCGGUCCUACUCUACGUCGCGAUGGUCUGGGCUCGGUGUCAUUGCCUGAAAGCUCCCUGCACAUGAAUUUCCGCCGAGAUGUCAACAGUGAUCUCUGUUACUUAUGGGUUGAGUCAUAUCUUUGGACAGGGUGCAAAGGCUUUUCUGAGCAGUAUGGCAUUAGCAUGGCCGAGUUCAUUGAUAUGAAUCCUUCCGACGUUAUCCUGCAUAUCUUGGCCAGGGCUCGGCAUGACCUGCCCAGGAAAUCGGCCUCAGCAGUGCGGGUCCGGCAACCGCCUGCUGCUGUAAAAGGUGCAAGGGCCACGCCGGGCCCGGAGCUCCACAGAUCGUCGCCCAGCGUCGGUGCCUACCAGGUGCGCGGCUGCUAUGCGGAGCCGGCGGGCGGGGCGCGCUCUUUGCCUUGCUUGCUGGACGCGGCCGACGUGACGGUCGAGAAAUGCAUCGCCGCGGCGAGCGCAGCAGGUGCCAGGUAUGCCGGCUCGGAAUAUGGCCGAGAAUGCUGGUACGGGAAUAUAUUGGCGGGUGGGAAUUUGUUGGCUUUUACGAAAAAUUGUGUGACCAUGACCUGCCUUGGAACCGCUGAUCAGUACUGUGGCUCUGGCAACCACCUCCUGGUGUACAGCACAGGCUGA